CUAUAAUGCGCACCGGCACAGUGAAGUUUUUGUUGGGAGCAAAGAUCGGCAGCCAUGACUGUGCCCGAUGAAGGAUAUAAUAUUAUCUUAGAUCUAAUAAUUCGAGUCUAUAACGGUUUUGCCUUUCGCAAAAUGCCUGCACGACUCAGUGUCUGUGCUUGACAUACUUUUACUAAGAAAGAGAAGACACUCACGAGUUUCAGUGACGUCACGAUAGAGCACUUGACGCCUGACACGGCGAACACAGUUUGUCCAUUGCUGCUGUCAGUGUGCCUUCGGUGCGUGUGUGUGUCGUGUGUUAAAAAUAGGGGAUAUUUUGGUUGCUGAAUUACGCCGUCUUUCUCAAUUCUACGUACAUCAAAUUUGUGACAAUAGGAACAAUUCAAAACGGAAUAUUUAACAUUGAAAUCUUACAAAAAGGAGACACUAUUUCAACGGUACGAUAACCGGGAACAGUUUAUAAAACACAACCCAAGGGGAAAAAAAGAAAUGCAGAAAUGUGAUGACAGAUUGGUCAAGUGGUACGUGUUUGAGCGACAGUGACUUAUUUUAUGUCCUGAUUCAAGCUUCACGUGACUAGUCUCACUGGCGACAUUUUGUAUUGCAAAGAAGGCUCUCUUUGAGUGAUAGUUCAACACCAUGAGCUUGCUGCGACGCCUUAGCGAAGACCCCGGCCUCUUGAGGCAGGUUUUGACUCGGAACUACGUCAGAAUAUCUGCAGACGAUGAGACUUUGGGCAAAGGCGAGUUCUUUCCGGAAACGGAAGAAGAAGCUUUGCGCUCUCCUCUGUCUACCUCCUGUGUGGUAACCCCGGUUCUUGAUAAUGACAGCGACUCGUGCUCGAGGAUUUUCCACAACUGCAACAAUAAUUCGGAUUUGUCCGAGGAAGAAAGCAACGACAACAGUGCCAUUCCCCCCACUGAAAACUCUGCAAACACCUCGCUCGGAGGAUCUCCGAAUAAUCCAGACAACCGAUUUAGUAAUCGAAACUCAGAGACACAAACACAAACCUGUGUCUCUCAACCUUCAACUUCAGUGGUCAAUAUCCAACCCUCAACUCCUGUCCAACCCUGUGACUACCUUUCCCCUCUCCCCGUUGCAGAUAACAGGUACAUUUCACCCCUCUUUCAUUCUCAUGGAUUUUCUCCGGCUUCGUGGAACAAUGAUUGCCUUACGACCAGAAAUCGUUCUGGGCUCAAAAGCAACCUAUUCGCCCAGGGCCAGCGCUCGCCACGAGACAGACUUGCUUCGAGGGGUUCCCCUCGUCUUGUGCGGAAGACCGAUCUCAUUUUUGGUGAUUUGAUAGGGAAAGGCACGUUUGGCUCAGUCCAUGAAGGCACACUGUCCGGUCGACCUGUGGCUAUCAAGAUCGUGUACAAACGCCGGGGUUCCGGAGUCCACAGAGAGAUUGUCCAGGCAGAGAGACUCGCGCACACACUGUGUCUCCGGCACAAAAAUAUCGUCAGUGUUCUUGCGGUCAACGUCAGUGAUGGACCGCGGGGUGAUGCGCUCAUUAUCAUGGAGCUGGUCCAGCCCUGCACCUUACAGGCUCUGCUGGAUGACGUCACAAAGGUCAUUUCAACACAAGAGAGGCUACAGUUUGCUCUGGAGAUCUCCCAGGCUCUGCACUACCUGCACAGCAACCACGUUGCUCACCUGGACGUGAAGCCGAAAAACGUACUGAUGACGUCAUCGGGGACCUGCAAACUGGCGGACUUUGGAAAUUUGACGAGGACUCGACCCGAUGACCCCAGGGAAGAAUUCGAGUUCACACAACUGUUGGGAACGUUACCUUACCGUGCCCCAGAGCUGAUGAAAGGGGCACCUCCCAGUGCCAAGGCGGAUGUGUUUUCACUGGCCAUUACCCUGUGGCAAAUGGUGACACGGAGAACCCCCUAUGAAGGAUUUGGGCCACACCAGCUCAUCUACCUUGUGGUUAAACAGGGCAAGAGACCAGAGCCCCAUGACACAGGAAACGACCCCUGCCAGGUCAUGUACCGUGACCUUUACGUCGCAUGCUGGAACCCAGAACCAAAGAGCAGGCCGCCAGCCCAAGAUAUCGUCACAUCCAUCAGCACAAUGAUGACGUAGGAAGCUACACCAAAGAGAACUCUCCAACAAACUUCUACACAAAAAAGAGAAGAAAAUCCCCCCAAACAAACAAACCAAUGUCUCAUUUUUUUACAUGAACAGUAUUUAUUUCAAAUUUGCACAAUAAUGUAUUAAUAUUAUGCUUACUUCUUUAUCAACGUUAAACCUUUUUGAUAUUGAAAUUGAUAAUAGUUGUCCUAUAAAUUUGAGUGUAGGGUCUAUCAGUUUUCAAAACACCGUUACUGAUGGUAUGUUCCUAGGAAGAGACACUCUUAAACACUAUAAAUGGUAAACAGACAUCAGUUUGAGGUGUUUGAAGCCUGGUUUGGUCUGUGCUAAAAGUAUUAAUAGUAAGGCCCAGUUUUUCUUACUGAAACCACAUAGCUAUGUGCUGAUAAAUCAUGACACAAUAAAUGUUAAUGUUUCGAAAAGUACAAUGAAAAACAGCCUAAGGUAACACUUCAGUGAAAGUUUAAGAGCCUGUGAAGAGUUUGGCGAAGAGAGAUCCUGUCUGUAAGCCUACCAGUGUGUCAAAUUACUAGCUUGCCUCUUCAAUUUCAAGUAGGCUAGCCUUCAUCCUUGAACCAUUCGUGGCUCAUAGCAUCUACAAAAGUACUUGUGUAUGUGUAAUAUAGUCGUAAGUACUUGUGUGCUGAUGAUAUAAAGAACUAGAACUGCUAUGGUUUAUCUGUUUGGCUCAACUUUCAGAGCCUUUUGAAAAUAAAAUAUUGAUAUUAAUA